AUGGUUUCGUUAAAAGGCAAGAGGAAGAUUGAAUUCAUCGAUCUCACGGACUCCAGCGAUCAACCACGCAAAGAAGCGAGGUUCGGUCAUUCAAUUUCUCCCGGUGGCCGAAUCACCAGUUCUCCCCAGAACCUGGUUUCGCUCAGCCAGGGAGGAGGAGGUACGCCGACAGAUGAGGAUGACCGUGGUGCCUCGGAGCUUGUGGACGUAUCUCAAAGUUCCCAAGAAGAUGCCUAUACUAAUUUCCAGCUAUAUGACACUCUUUCGUCUAAGGUCGUUGGCCUGAGGUAUUACACAGGGCACGCAACGAUCGGGGAAUAUGUAACAAUUAAAAGAGAGCCAAGUAAUCGUUAUGAUAAAAAUGCAAUCCGGGUUGAUAACGUUAUGGGGGUGCAGAUUGGACAUCUGCCUCGUACUACUGCUAGCAAGUUAGCGCCGUAUAUGGACUCCAGAUCGCUGCUCAUAGAAGGCGUAUUAUCCGGCGUUAAGGGUUUCUUUGAUUGCCCCAUCGAGCUUAAACUAUAUGGGACUAGCAACCCAGUUCAACAGCUGGAACUAAUGCAGAAGAUGGAGCGCGAUCGCCUUCCCCUCAAAGCCAUCAAACGCUUCCGAAGUGGGAAGGCGAAGAGUGCUGCGCACCCGCGAAAGGCCGCAAAUCAGGGGCGGUCUCUAGUUAAUGGCAAAGGCCAACAGUGGCAAUCCUCGGGAGACCCAACGUACGCAAAUCUAUAUAUUCCAUCUAGAAAUGAACCUACAAACGAAAUUGCCUCGUUAGAGGAUAUCAUUGGUCAAAGUACAACCUUUAAUCCUAGAGAGAUGGGCCAAGUUGUGGAAAAGUUUGGAACAAACGAAGAGGAGCUAGCAAGGAUGCCAAUGGCCCCAUGUCCGAAAGCUCUUUCCACAGAAUUGCUUCCAUACCAACGCCAAGGCCUUGCGUGGAUGCUGGACAAAGAAUCACCGAAGUUGCCAAGUAAAGGAUCUCAAGACGUUGUCCAGCUGUGGAAACGGUCGGGCCAUAUGUUUACAAAUAUCGCAACUAACUAUACGACGGCUGCCGAACCGCCUCUUGCCAGUGGCGGCAUUCUAGCGGAUGAUAUGGGCCUUGGGAAAACAGUACAGACUAUAUCACUUAUUUUAGCUGAUUCAACUCCUAGAACAAAGGACUCAUCGAAAACGACUCUUGUUAUUUCACCUCUUGGUGUCAUGAGCAACUGGCGAGAUCAAAUCUCACACCAUAUACACAAGGACCAAGCCCUUCGAGUUUUGAUCUAUCACGGAGUUGGGAAGAAGGAGGCGAAAAAACUCAAUACGUACGAUGUAGUCAUUACUACGUAUGGGGCUCUUGCUUCGGAAUAUGCUCUGAUUGAGAACAAACUACUGAAUUCCAAGCCAUCAGAAGGGUUGUUCUCUCUGCGCUGGCGACGUAUCGUCUUAGACGAGGGGCAUACAAUCAGAAACCCACGUACUAGAGGAGCACGCGCUGCAUGCAGGUUGGAAGCCGAUUCCCGGUGGUCUCUCACUGGAACACCCAUCAUCAAUAACCUAAAAGAUUUAUACUCACAAAUAAAAUAUCUACGCAUUUCGGGAGGGCUUGAAGACCUGUCAGUUUUUAAUAGCGCUGUAAUUCGCCCUCUUACAACAUGUGAGCCUAAUGCAAGUCUUCUUCUUCAAGCUUUGAUGGGUACCAUCUGUCUACGACGGAAGAAGGAAAUGAAUUUUAUCAACCUCCGUCUCCCACCUCUUUCUUCCCACGUGCUUCGUGUCAAAUUUCUUCCGCACGAACAAGAGAAAUACGAUAUGUUGCAGGCGGAAGCCAAGGGAGUCCUGUUGGACUAUCACGCCAACGCCAAUAACAAAAAGGGCGGGGCAACAUACUCCGUUCUCCUCGAAGUUCUCCUCCGCAUGCGUCAAGUGUGUAAUCACUGGAAGCUUUGCCAAAAUCGCAUUAACAACCUUAUGGAAAUGCUGGAGGAGCACAAGGUGGUAGCACUAACCCCUCAAAAUAUCAAGGCACUUCAAGCUCUUCUUCAGCUUAAAAUAGAAAGUCAAGAAAUAUGUGCCAUUUGCCUUGAUACUCUCCAACAGCCAGUCAUCACUCCAUGUGCUCACACAUUUGACUAUUCUUGUAUCGAGCAAGUCAUUGAACACCAACACAAAUGCCCCCUCUGCCGAGCGGAAAUCGAAGACUGCAAAAGUCUGGUUGCCCCCUCCGCAGAUUUUGGCGAAGACACGAACGAAAUUGACAUCGACUCCGAAACUACCAGCAGCAAAAUUCAAGCCCUGUUGAAAAUCCUUAAAGCCAAGGGCCAAGCACCCAAUACGAAAACUGUCGUGUUCAGCCAGUGGGUAUCUUUCCUGGACAUAGUCGAGUCCCAGCUUGUGCGAAAUGGCAUCACGUUUGCUCGCAUAGAUGGCAAAAUGAGUUCUGCCAAAAGAGAUGCAGCAAUGAACGCUUUAUCAAACGAUUCAAAUUGCACCGUCCUUCUUGCUAGUUUGAACGUCUGCAGCGUGGGCCUUAACCUUGUCGCAGCAAAUCAAGUUAUCCUUGCUGAUAGCUGGUGGGCUCCUGCGAUUGAAGACCAGGCUGUUGACCGUGUAUAUCGUCUGGGACAAAAGCGACCGACGACUAUAUGGCGUCUUGUGAUGGAAAAUAGUAUUGAAGAUCGGGUACUGGAUAAGCAGAAAGAGAAACGUACGCUGAUGACGACAGCAUUUAGAGAAAAAAUAGACCGGAAGCGUGAUGAUAGGAUGUCGCGGGUUGCGGACUUGGAAAAAUUACUUCAGUAA